AACCUUUCUUGCGUCGUAACCUUCACCUUCACGGUUUACUACACUCUCCCGACUAGUCCUACGACUACUUGUCUAUAAUCUUGCCUUAACGACCCACUACUAGACUUAUUAGAUAUGCCUUACUCUCAGGGUGACGCUGGCAAGGGUGCCUCUUUGUUCAAGACCCGAUGCGCUCAGUGCCAUACCGUCGAGGCUGGUGGACCCCAUAAGGUCGGCCCCAACCUUCACGGCGUGUUCGGUCGUAAGACUGGUCAGGCCGAGGGCUUCUCGUACACGGCCGCCAACGUGAACAAGGGUAUUACAUGGGAUGAGAACACGCUCUUCGAGUACCUCGAGAACCCCAAGAAGUACAUCCCUGGCACGAAGAUGGCGUUCGCUGGUCUGAAAAAGGAGAAGGAUCGCAAUGACCUCAUCACCUACCUCAAGGAGGCGACGGCAUAAAAGUAUCCUUACACAGUCUAUACACCACGCGUAUUACCGGACUACUAGCAUAUUCUCAUCGGUCCUAGUACAUGUAGACGACCUUUGGCAUUGUACAUAGUACUUUUCCCAACUCAUACCAUAUCAUUAUUGAGAUCCAGCGAAUUUCUGCUAGGCUCGAUACCAGCCACUCCGCAAUUCAAGCUCCGCUCGUAAUACUCG